UAAAGUCCACGUCAGCUUUCCGAGUAUUGGCUACAUCCCCCCUUCCUUUCCCUGCAAUAACCGCUGGUCUUUCUUUUCUUCUUUUUAUCGUCUUCUUCUUCUUCUUCUUUUGUUCUUCACGGACGAUAAACCCCCUAAACCAGAAAAACAAAGAGAGAGAAAGAGAAAGAGAAAGAAAAGUGAAGAGAGAGAGAGAGAGAGAGAGAAGGAUGAAAAGACAGAGGAUCUUAUGAGAGAGAUAUUCACGUCCAGAUCCUACAACGCAGCUAUCAUGGUUUCCCGUUUUAGUUUCACAGUUCCCAAUUCCCUCUUUUCCCGUUUUUGUUUCGUUUCUCACCCUCGAAGAACCCUAAUCGGCGCCAACCACACCUCUGCUCGUUUUUGCUCUCGCUAGGGUUUUUAUUUUUUUUUCGAUAUCUUGAUUCUUUUUUCUGCUCUCGUUAGGUUUCUAUUUUUUCCAAUUUUUUUUCCCAUUCUUAUUUUGGUUUUCUGAAGAGAAAGAAAGAAAGAAAGUCUCUGGCGGUCAUGGCGCCUACGACGGUGAUAUUCAGCCCAGUGAAAAAAAUACUGGUUAGAAUUCUUUUGUUUGGCGUUGCUAUUCUCCUUCUUCGAUUUGCUUACGUUGUUACGGUUACGGGUGGAUCUUGCAAUUCCGGCGAUUUCUGUUUCUUCUCUGUUCCUGAAAUUCCAAACAUUGCCGGUGGAAUCCUGCGAAACAACCCCUCUGCCAUAGUUGUUGAUGCCUUGGGAUCUGCUUCCAGCCCUGCUCUUCGCGAUCUCUGGACCAGCAAAGAGUGGCGCAAGGCCGUCGAUUUCUAUUCUUCUGUGUUUCAAGAUCUGAUUGCUGAAGGCUACCUCUCACCCAAUUCUAAAGCCUUAUGCAUCGAAACCCCAUUUGGACAAGACGUAUUCUCUCUGAAGGAGAUCGGUGUUCACGACGCCGUUGGAAUUUCCAAGAAGAAGUUUACUCCGCUGGUGGUUUCCGGUCAGGCCGUGCGUCAGCCAUUCAAGGACAAUACUUUCGAUUUCGAAUUUUCAGGGGUGGGUGUGCUUGAGAGCUCGGUCCGUCCUCAUGAGUUCGCUUCCGAGGUUGCUAGGACGCUUAAGCCCGAAGGGUUUUUGGUCGUCCACACAGCUUCGGCUAACGAUAUGUAUAGUUUCAAUUCUUUUCUUGCUUUGUUCAAUUGCUGUAGAUUGGUUCGUUCUCGUGAUAUUGGCGGCGUAGAUUCUUCGUCGCCGUCCGUUCGGGAGAUUGUCCUGAAGAAAGAGACUGAGAUUCUUGGCCAUGGGGAGAAAAUGUCCGACGGCGGUUCGAUUGAUAAGUGUUCUGUUCCGAGGUAUAAGCUGGAACUGAUCAGGAAAGCAGAGCCUCUGAUAACAGAAGAGCCGUUGAAGCCGUGGAUUACAUUGAAGAAGAACAUUAAGAACAUCAAGUACGUCCCAUCCAUGGCAGAUAUAAGCUUCAAGCCGAGGUAUGUGUACAUUGAUGUUGGUGCUCGGAGCUAUGGUUCGAGCAUUGGGAGCUGGUUCAAGAAGCAAUAUCCAAAACAAAACAAAACUUUCGAAAUCUAUGCCAUUGAAGCUGAUAAAACUUUCCAUGAAGAGUACCGGAAGAAGAAAGGGAUCAACCUCUUGCCUUACGCAGCUUGGGUGCGAAACGAGACAUUAUUUUUCGAAAUUAAUCGAGACCCAGGGGAGAAAGCUAAAGCCAAAGGCCGAGGAAUGGGUCGGAUUCAACCUGUUCAAUCAUCAACCAAUUUCGUCGGCGAUGUGGACAAGAUCAGGGGAUUCGACUUUGCCAGUUGGUUGAAGAACACAGUCUCGAAGAGCGAUUUUGUGGUGAUGAAGAUGGAUAUCGAAGGAACAGAGUUUGAUUUGAUUCCAAGAUUGUUUGAGACCGGAGCCAUUUGUUUGAUUGAUGAGAUCUUCCUUGAAUGUCACUACAAUAGAUGGCAGAGAUGUUGCCCAGGUGAGAGGUCGCCCAAAUAUGAAAAAACUUAUGAUCAAUGCUUGGAGCUGUUUUCAUCACUUAGAGAAAGCGGAGUUCUUGUUCAUCAAUGGUGGUGACCGGUAAACAAACUCCUAUACAUUUUUCUGUAACAAACCCUUUUUUUCAUAGAUAGUGUUUAUUUUUAUAAGUUGGAAAAAUUUGUAGUUGAGUAGUUGUUUCCUUUUUUACACAAUUUCUGGAGCUCUUGGGCUUUAUUUCUUUCAAAUCUUCCUUUGGAAAUGAAAAAUUUGAUCAAUUCCACUUUUCGA